ACCUCACCAUGAUGACUGACACGAGUGAAAUGUACACUAUUGUUACGAUGAAUGACCCACUGGUUACAACAGGGAGAAUCUCUCCAGUCACUGUCGAUAACAAGUACACAACUGUCACCGAUACAGAGUAUACAACAGCAAAUGAAGGGGUCAUAACUACAGUAAUGAGGUCAACGGAACUGACUGAAAGCAAUACGACAACAAUUCAAGCUACUACACGUUACAUGACAGUGGAUGACAAUGAAGAUGUCGUCAUCAUUGUUAGUGUGCUGGUUUCUUUACUGGUCGUAACUGCUGUUAUAUUAUUGCUCGUGUCUUAUUUACUAAUCAGAACAAGACGCCGAGUGAAGGAGCAGAAAGUAAACGAGCUGAAAAAGGCCGAUACCUACAAAGACGUAUUUGAAGGAGAAGACAUACCUGCCCCCAACGGGCAACAUGUACCAUACACGGAAGCCCAUGAUAGCCUCAAGACUGAGAAAGAAACUGACAGAAGUUCGUGUAUUGUAAGCUCGCAUUCGUUGGACGAACAUUCAAAGUGCUCGAAUGACACAUGUCACACACAAAGUUCAUCACUCUCAAAUAACGCCGAUCGGGAGGCAGACAUUAUUACGACUGUUGGUGGCAUGGUGCCUGUUAAUUUCUUGCCGGAUGUGGUAUCCGGAGACAUUCACGACGAGCCGUCUAAAAUUGUUGAUGGCGAAAACAUUCCUCUUAAUGGCGGCCAUCUUGAAAAUGCACAGUCGGUUAUUGAUAUUCUGGACGCGGUCAUAGCUGGAUUUGAUGACCAAACUGUGGAUAUUGACGUCACUACGCUAUGA